CGCCGCCGCCGCUCUCGGUGAGGCUCGCGCUCGAGCUGCGGCGCCGGCCCCGCCGCCUGGGCCCCGGGCCCGGCCCCUCCCGCGCCGCCCGGGCGAUGAGAAGCUGCUUCUGCGUGAGACGGAGCCGGGACCCGCCGCCGCCGCAGCCGCCGCCGCCCCAGCGGGGAACAGACCCAUCCACCAUGCCUGAAGUCAAAGACCUUUCGGAAGCCUUGCCAGAGACGUCGAUGGACCCCAUCACGGGAGUGGGGGUGGUGGCCUCUCGGAACCGAGCCCCGACAGGCUAUGACGUAGUGGCGCAGACGGCAGAUGGCGUGGAUGCUGACCUCUGGAAAGACGGCUUAUUUAAAUCCAAGGUUACCAGAUACCUGUGUUUCACAAGAUCGUUUUCCAAAGAAAAUAGUCAUUUAGGGAACGUGUUAGUGGACAUGAAGCUCAUUGACAUCAAGGACACUCUGCCUGUGGGCUUCAUCCCGAUCCAGGAGACGGUGGACACACAGGAAGCCGCUUUCAGAAAGAAGAGGCUGUGCAUUAAGUUUAUCCCGCGGGACUCCACGGAAGCCGCCGUCUGCGACAUCCGGGUCACCGGCCGGGCCAAGCAGGCCCCUCCCCAGUACACGUUCAUCGGGGAACUGAACAGCAUGGGGAUCUGGUACCGCAUGGGCAGAGUGCCACGGAAUCACGACUCCUCGCAACCCACGACGCCUUCCCAGUCGUCGGCUGCCUCCACCCCGGCCCCCAACCUUCCCAGGCACAUCUCUCUCACUCUCCCCGCCACCUUCCGGGGCAGGAACAGCACUCGGGCGGAUUACGAGUACCAGCACUCCAACCUGUAUGCCAUAUCAGCAAUGGAUGGUGUGCCUUUUAUGAUCUCAGAGAAGUUUUCUUGUGUUCCAGAAAAUAUGCAGCCCUUCGACCUGCUGGGAAUCACCAUCAAAUCCCUGGCGGAGAUUGAGAAGGAGUACGAGUACAGCUUCCGCACGGAGCAGAGCGCCGCCGCCCGGCUCCCGCCCAGCCCCACGCGCUGCCAGCAGGCGCCCCAGUCCUGAGGGCCGGACGCCGCCUGCGCCUGCGGGGAGAAGACGCGUCGGCCCAGACUACUGAGCGCCCCGCCCUCGCCCGCUCCCUCCUGCCCGCCCUUCGCAGCGCCCCGCGGGGCUCGUCUGGGAGACCGCGGGCAGCUGAGCGCCUCCAUCUCCGGUCAUCGGCUGGCCUGAAGGGACAGCCCGUCUUCCCGGGGCUGUGGUUCCUAACCUCGACUAACCCGUGUGCUGUAGUGACCAGCAGCUCCUAACAUGUCUAUGAUGAGCGGCCGCCCUCGAAACAACCCCACCCGCACGGGAGUCGCCCAAGGGCCUGGACAGCUGCUCGGGAUGCCCGGCGACACCACCAGCUCCCUUCACUCCCGUCACCUGCCACUAAGCCACCGCCAUCCUCCUGGAAGACCCUGAGCGGAGGGCAGCUUUGCACAAGACCCUCCCGGAGCCCUGGUCACCCGGACCCGGGCUGCUGCGGAACGAGCCCCUCGUGCCAACGGCAUCGCGUGCCCACAGCGUCUCACGCAGCCCUAGGGGAUGAACACAGGAGGAGGAAGCCAGCGGCCCGAGUGGACCCAUGCCCGGCCCCUGCUCCACUGUGGAUGUCCUGUGCUCGGACCUGUGACCGGACUCACACACUGGAUGUCCUGGGGUCAGGGGGCAGCAGGCCCCAGCUGCCAGCACAGGCGGGACUUGCUCUCUGGGCAGUAAGGCCGAGUGCCCGGCGCUUGCUGCCCAGGACGCCGGGCUCACCCACGUCACACCCGCUUCCCCCCAAAGGGCUCGUUUCUGCAGCACCCACGUGCCAUCAGCAGUGCCAACGGCUCUGCCCGGUGCUGUGAGCCAGCGCCCGGCCCGGAAGGGCCGCGGCAGGUGCUCACCUGGCUUCUCGGGGCCAGGCCGUGUCCUGACGGCUUGUGCGCCUCAAAGUGGUGGUUUUGACAAGCUCAUCCAAUCCCAGUCACCGACCGGGGCCGGCACCGACAUUUCUGCCACUCACGGCCAGUGGACACAGUGCCAGCUGCCAAGCUCAACUCCACGCACAUUUGCCAUGAGAACAGGGGUUGCUGCCAUGUGUGGGGGCUUGGGCCCUUCCCCCAUGGCUGUUGGCGUCUCCCAUCUCGGGGGGUCACCAGAUGGUCGGAGCUAUGCACAGGUUUGGCAUGGGGGGCGCCGUGGAGAGCAGUGAGGUUCCCUCACCAGGAAGGUGGCACAGGAGAGCCACAGCCAGGGACAGGCCCCUCCCGCCUGCAGCCCCGGGAUGGCACGCGGUUAGCUGGGUGGCUGGGACACAGCGGGAGCAGCCAACAGUCUGGGGAGUGGCCGCCAGCUGAGUGGCAGGGCAGGGCAAAAAUACCUCACACACCUGUCAGCCCCGCCCCCUGCAGGCCCCUCUACGCUUGCCCCUGGUCACCCCCUGGUGCGCAUGUUGAUACUUCCUGAUUGCCACGCUUUAGGGAAAUGGGGGCCUCGCCUCCCCUUCCCCGGAACCUGAGGGCGUCCCUGGUGAGACUGGCCUCCCCCUGCCUCCCACGCCGCGAGGUGGCAGGAAAAGACUGUUCCUACCAGGGCCCGGGAGACUUUGGGACAGAGACAGCAGUCCCCUGAGGACCUUUGGGACUGGUGCUUAGCCAGGAGUAACGACUGGUCUCAGAGGUACCCACUGAAAUAAGCUAGCUGUUUCUGGGGAGGCCCAGAACACGUGUCCGCUGCUGCUUUAUGGAUGUGUGGCUGGUUCAGAACCAAGCGACCUGUGUGACUGGAAGCCCAACAGCCAGAGGUACUGCCCAGCUGGGGGGGGGGGGGGGCGG